AUGGCCGCAUGGCUCGAAUGUGAGCUUGAGGCCGCGAAGGUGGCCCUGGCUUCGGCGACCACUGGCAGCGAGCAGCGCGGGGCUGGCGUCCGAGAGGCCGAGGAGCUGCGGCGCGCGCUGAAGUCGCCAAGGCAGCUGGGGCGCGCUGGCGACGGCGUGGCGAGGCACUGUCAGCGGGACCUCCUCGUCGCGCGCCAGGAGGCCGACGUGGCUGCGCCCGACGCGGGCGUGGCAGAGCCCGAGGGGGCUGUGGAGGCCGUGCGGCGAUACGCGCAGCGGUUCGGGCAGCUGGCACCGGGCGAGGAGGAGGUGCGGCCGUCGAGGCCACGGAGCUUCGGCUGGAAGGCCACUUGCGCCACUGGGAGGCCCGCGGCCGAGGUCGCGCUGGUGAAGCAACCGGAGGCCGAGGCCACGGCGGGGCCGACGCGUGGUGGUUCCGAGGCGUCGACAGCGGAGUCCGACAGCGACGGCUCGGAGAAGCUCUGCGGCGCCUGCGGGCUGCCCCUGGGCGAGGCCGUGUACACCGACAAGCAGGGGUGCCUGCUGCACCGCGAGUGCAUGAACCAGCGCAUGGCCAGCGCGCUCAAGAAAGCGGAUGUUGAGCAGCAGCUCAAGGACCAGAAGUUGAAGCAGAAGACGCGGGAGGAGUAUCUCAUCGGCUGGAGCGCCGAGCAGAUCCCGCGCAACGCAGGAGUUGCCUUGAAGCUCGAGUGCGGCGGAGAGACGCCGCAGGGCAUGUGCUGCCUGGUGCUCGACGAGGCGUCGAAUGAGGUGCACGUGGCGCCUACUGGCGAACCCGCGGCCGCCCUGAACCUGGAGUACCUGGCGAUCGCGCUGCAGGUGCGCAGGAAGGACGGCAAGGAGCCGUUUUUCUCGUUGGAUCCGCUCGGCAACUGUGUGGACGACGGGCUAAUGCAGUCCAAGCGCUUCGACCCCGAGUGGCUUGCAGGCACCAGCGUGGGCGAGGUGUUGUUUCAGGCCGACUACCACCUUAAGGAGCUCUCCAUGGGCAGCUGCGAGCAGCCUGUGAUCGGUAUGAAGAGUGCCCUCGAUUUCUUCGAGGAGGAGAACGGACGGAAGGAGUUCGUCGCGCGCGAGUGGUUCGUGGUCCGCCAGGCUGACGUGGUCAGGUCAGCGGACAACGCUCUCAUUCCGCUGGUGACCAUGGGCGUCGAGGCACGCGAGCAGGUCCGGGGGCCCAUGGGCCUCGAGGACAUGACCGUCACCAGGCCGAACCACCCCCUGGUCAAGUACGCCGAGUUCUUUACGCGCAACUUCGACCUGAUCGCCGAGCGCAGGAGCGUGGUGUACCACCUUCGGGAGCUGGCCAAGGCCGCGGUCCUGGCCAAGUACCUGCUGGAGUCCCAGGUCUCCCUGGCGGACGCCUGGUUCCAGCUGGCCGGGGAGAGCCCGGCCGCCUGCCCCCUGGAGGUGCCCCAGCUGUGGAACGAGCGCUACCGCCAGCAGAUCGAGGUGCACGACGGCGCCGUGGUGGACGAGAAGAGCGGGACGCACAUGCGCGCGAUGUACGGAGGCGUCCAGUUUGGCCUGGAGAAGUUCACAGUCGGCGCGCGUGCGGCGUCCGCUUCGGUCCAGUUCGCCCGCAUCGGCGCCCGUGGCCCGAUGCCGCGGGUCUCCGCGGCGCUGUCCAUGGCGACCAGCGUCACCGGUGGCCUCCGGACCCCGGCCAUGCGCGGGGCCGUGUCCAUGCGCGCCGGCGGCGUGCCCCGGGCCGCGAUCUCCAUGCGCGCAGGCGGCGUGCCGCGCGGAGUGGACCUCAGCCUGGACAGCUUCAGCCUGGGGAGCGCCCGGGCCGUCCACGGCGCGUGCGUGGCCGCCCCGGGCUCCGCCGAGGCGCGCUGCGCCAUCGGGUGCGCGUUCUGGGACACCGUGGACAGUUCGCUCGAGCAGGAGGACGCCAAGUUGCUCCAGGACAUCUUCAACCCGAGGUUGUCCGACAGGCGGUGCGAGCGGGAGCAGUUCGUGCCCCCAGACACGAGCGCCUCCUACGUGAAGAAGCUCCGCGGCCUGGUCGGGGAGGAGCGCAACGUCCAGGAUCGCCGCAAGGAGCACUUCUUCGGCGCCGGCUUCUCCGAGGACAGCGUGGGCCCGCUGUUCCCGCCCUCGUGGAAGUCCCCGAUCAAGAUCGCAGGCGGCCCGCCGGACUCGCAGCCGGCGAAACGCCGCCUCCGCGCCACGGAGCUGGAGGGGGCUGCGGCGCUCGUCGGCUCGGCGGAGGCCGCGUUCGACGAGGCCACCGAGGAUGGCGUGCGCUUCCGCAUCUACAAGGUUGGAACUCUGGAGGUGCGCACGAUCCAGGAAGCGGGCGGCCCGGAGCUGGUCGGCGCCGCGUUCUCGCUCGCUCCGCAGCCGCGGGAGAGCGACGCGGCCCCGCUGAAGGACGACGACAAGAUCGCCAAGGCGGUGCUGUACGUCGAGUGGGCGGAGGGGCGCACCGGGUUCGCCUACUUCACUGUCCUGGAGACGGGGAGCGGCGGCGUGGCCGUGCUGCAGAAGCACCCGGACGGCUCUGCCACCUGGGAGGAGAGCCCGCCCGGCCUCGAGGCGCGCUACUGCGGCGCCAAGGCCCUGCGCACGGCGAGCGCGCACCCCGCGGGGCCCGUGCUGUCCGACGCGCGGGCCUACGCGGCGCGCUCGCACCGCACGGGCUGCGCGGCGUCGGCCUCGGUGCGCAGGCGGUUCGCGGAGGGGGCCCUGGACAUGGCGCGGCGCAGGGCCCGUGCUCAGGCCACCGGGGUCUAG